AUGACUUCUCCACCCUCCAUCGCAAUCAUCGGUGCUGGACCUGCCGGUCUUCUCUUCGCACGGCUCCUAGAGGAAAAUGGACUGCGGGACUACGUUGUUUACGAACGUGAUGAGUCGUCCGCCCCUGGUUUGUGGCAGCAAGGCGGCUCUCUGGACCUCCAUGGCCCCUCAGGCCAACUGGCCCUCAAAGAAGCAGGUUUAUUAGAUGAAUUCAACAAGGUCUAUGCACGCUGGGACGCCUCAAAGAUACACAUCGUCAACGGCCAUUCUGGAGAAACAAUUGGAUGCUUUGGAGAGGGCCGGGAUGCUCCAGAGAUUGACCGCUUGCAGCUACGUCAGCUUCUGCUUGAGUCUAUACCUGCACAUAAAGUCGAAUGGGGUCACGGCGUACGCUCCAUUGAGAUAAAAAAUCCCGGAAACUCUGGAGACAGGGAUAAUGGAUGCAUUAUUCAUUUUACCAAUGGUAGCUCGGCUACUGGGUUCAAGUUGAUCGUCGGAGCUGAUGGUGGUUGGAGCAAAGUCCGUCCUCUGAUUACUUCCGCAAAGCCGGUGUACUCUGGAAAAAUGUAUAUCGAAGGCCAGCUCUCGCACAACAACCCGGUUUACCGCACGGCCAAAGAGUUAGCCGGGCCUGGGACGAUGAUGGCGCUGGGCCCUUGUAAGAGCUUAGCAUUGCAGCAAGGAUCAGAUGGAACGUACAGAAUGUACUUUGGUCUUGUCGUGCCUGAAGACUUUUACAACCACCGCAGUGGCAAUGCCGUGGAAAAGACCGAAGCUGUGCGGGAGCUCAUGCUAUCAUCAGACAAAUUUUUCGCAACCUGGGCUCCACAACUCAAAAGCAUCGCUGCGAAUGUCGAGGGUCCUUUCCGUGCUUGGUCCUUGCACCAUCUGAAAGCAGAUGAAAUCGGAUGGAAACGUGAUACAGCUCCGGGGGUAACCUUGCUUGGAGAUGCAGCGCACCUUUCAACACCGUUCGUAGGCGAGGGAGUCAAUUGCGCCAUGUACGAUGCAUUAUGUCUGGCUAAAUGCCUUGUCAAUAUUUAUGAAGAAGGCUUGGGUUUCGUGGAAGCGAGUUUGGACAAGGCUUUACUUUCGUAUGAAGAGGAAAUGUUCGAGCGUGGCCGAGACCUCAUCCGGCGCAGCGCGGAGAGUGAAGCUGUCCUGUUUAGUGAGAAUGCAAUGGAGGGAGUGCUAGGGUUUGUCGACGGUGAACAUGAGGAAUUGUUGUAUGAUGUGAAGGCUUCUAGUGAUAAAUAA